AUGGACAGAGAUCUGAGGUCUCGCAAAACACCCAGAGCAGAUAUUGGUAGCACCGUCACAGCUGUUCUGGACACACGACCGCAGUUUGAAAGUGUAGAGGGUGCUGAGGCAACAGUCUUAGUGGAUGGGACGCGGCGUAGAUUAAAUAGUCGCCAGUCUUCUGCGGGCCCGGCUAUCCUGCACCAGCGAGGGAAGAAGUCUGAAGGAAACUCCCCCAUACAGUUCCACGACGGCUAUUUGAAUCACCCUGGUCUUUUUUCCGUAGAAUUAGGCUUUUCCACGGCCUCAAUUAACUACGAGGGUCAUCCAAGCGCAGAUGUGGUUGUACCUCAUCGUUAUAGAAAUAACUACGAGCUCACAGAUGCUGAGGAUGCACAGCUGAUCACGAUGAUGGAGCGGGAGUUUCCAGAAUAUCAGGGCAAGCUGACCAAAUCCAUCUCUGCAUCCUAUGACUCUGAGACAUUCCUCAGUCAAAACUGCAGCAGUAUAUUCAACGAGGCUCUCAGGCCGUCUAUUGACAUACACUCCGUCUGUGAGCCUUUAGACAGCAUAUCUCUGUCGAGCUCCAUGAACUCUAUGUUCCACGUAGUCUCUCAAGACCACACAAGGGCCUGUAAUAGCUCCAUUGGAGAUGACAGCCUGUUGCGGGACCAUCGGGGACCUGCUGCACGCAGCACCACUAUACUAUACAAUGGAACACGCCAAAAGAGCCAGCAAUCUGCCACAGCGUCAAGGCAACACAAGUCUGCUAAGAUCUUGCAGUAA